CAGAUAUUAGCCCCUAUCGAAACCAGCUUUAUUUUAAAUAACAUGUGUAAGCCAUCGUUUUGAUGCCCGGCAUGCGUGUUUCCGGCCCGAGGUCCUCUUGCUGCAGUUGCUGGUGGCCUGCGCCCAGGCUAAUACUUCAGGCUUCUGCCCAGGCUAGUAUUUCAGCCCAGGCUUUACUCUUCCAUUCAACACACAACUAUAGAUCACACCAUACGCAUCAUGGCCAUUUCCAUUAACAAUCCUAUUCCAAGAAGCUUGCUGAGCGAGUGCAAGAAGGUUGCCAAGAUCCUCACGUCAUUUAUCAAGCCCAACCAGGUGCUUGGGGCAACGGAGGUGAUUCCACCCGAGAUCUUGCGCGAGGCGAGAGGCUUGGUGGUGUUGACUGUAUUGAAGGCGGGGUUCCUCUUUUCAGGGCGGGCGGGCUCGGGCUUGAUCAUUGCGCGCUUGCCUGACGGCUCCUGGUCCGCCCCCUCGGCCAUUGCCACUGCCGGAGCCGGGGUUGGGGGCCAGAUCGGGGCGGAAUUGACGGACUUUGUGUUUAUCUUGAACUCUGACAACGCGGUGGAGUCUUUCGCUCAGUAUGGGUCUGUGACGCUUGGUGGAAACCUCUCGGUGGCGUUGGGCCCUGUCGGGCGAAGCGCCGAGGCGGCGGCGACGGCCUCGCUUCGAAACACCAGUGCCGUGUUCUCAUACUCCAAGACCAAGGGCGCCUUUGCAGGGGUCUCGUUGGAGGGCUCCGCCAUUGUGGAGAGACGUGAUGCCAACAGCAAGUUUUACGGGUCGAAGGUGAAGGCCCGGGCGAUUUUGGCCGGGAGAGUCGAUCCUCCGCCGGAGUGCGAUGUUUUGUUUCGGGUUUUGAACUCGAAAGUGUUCAGAAGCAGAAAUUUUGACGAUGAUUACGAUGACCUUCCAACGUUUUCGGAUGAGGAUUCCUUCGGCAGAUCCAGUACUCGUGGUUCGAGGGCCCGCCACACCAGAGGCGACGAUUCGGACGACGACGUUUAUGGCGACGGCAGAAGGUCCACUGGAAGGACCAGCGUGGGCGACUGGGAGGACGAUGUUUAUGAUAGAUCGUAUUCCAAGGGGACGAAGAAGAAGUUGGACCGGUCGACCAAGCCGAACUUCUCGUCCACGUACUCGGACCAUCCAGAAGCAGGGCAGAGAUAUAGUCCUUCACCCGUGGAGAGGGCUUCGCCGGCGGCGAGAACCCGCGACAUGGCUGUGGCAAUGUACACGUUUGACGGUGAGCAGCCCGGCGAUUUGCCAUUUAUCAAGGGCGACACGAUUGAAAUCGUCAAAAAGUCCAACUCCCAGGACGAUUGGUGGACUGGCCGAGCCAACGGUAAGGAGGGUAUUUUCCCGGCGAAUUACGUCAAGAUGGCAUGAUAAGGCUGUUUUUUUUUGUUGAUUUGAUACUGUAUUUGAAUUAUUAAAUGUUGGUCUAUUUUUAGGUAGAAUUCGAUUUUGAUUUAUUCUGGUGUAACCAUAAAGUUCAGUUAUAUAUGCUUCGAAUGCGUGUGGUUUCACCCCGGGGUUUACCCAUAAAAGGAAUAGGAACAUUUAGAUGUAUAUAUUCAGUGUUUAGCGGUAUAAAUAUAGAUAGGUG